AUGUUUUACUCUAGAGAGCUCCUUGCUCGCAAAGCUUCUCUUGGCCAAAUAUGGUUGCUUGGGACUAGGCAAGCGAAGAUCGAUCGAAGGAAAGCUAACAAGCUCGACAUAGCUCGACUCUGCGAAGAGAUUCUAAAUCCUCCGGUCCCGAUUGCUCUUCGGCUCUCUAGCAUUCUCAUGGGUGGAGUUGUGAUUCUCUAUGAGAAAAAAGUGAUGUUUCUUCAUGAUGAUGCUAAUCGGUUUCUGGUUGAAAUAAGGAACGCAUGGAAGGUGAUGAACGAGCCAACUCUACUCCCGAAAAGAAAAGAAAAGGCCAAGAGAAAGUCCAUUACACUACCAGAAAAUGAUGAAUCCUCCAUGGGAUUCACUAAUGUUGGAGAACUUGAAGAAGAAAUCUCUAUGGGGUUUCAGCAAUACAAUCUUAAUAUGCAACUUGACCAAGUCGAUGACUACUAUAUUACCAGUGAUCCCAUGGAGGAUAAUGCAAUCAAUGACCACCAUCAAGCUGAUGACAAUGACAUCACCUUAUUUGAUUUGUUUCAGCCUAAUUCCAAUAUUCGUGGUCAAUUUGAAAGAUUUGAAGAAGCUGAUGAGGGAACACAAGUAAACUUCACUUUAGAUGAGCAUACCCAGAUACCAACUACUCCUAUUCCAUCUCCAGCCCAAAAAGAGCCUCAAAGAGCUGGGGGAACCCAAGAGCGGCAUCCGGAGCACCAGUUAGAUCAACAAUUUAAUAAAAACAGAGAAGCCAGAGAUCAACAGAGGCAGGGGCCAGUAAAACAAAGAAGAAAGCCCAAAGGAAUUAUCACAGAUGACGAACAAACUGUUAUUUCUAACCAUGUUUAUCACUCCUGGCUUCAUGACACUUCAGAUAUUGCAUCCAGAAUUCGAAGGAAGAAUAGGAUCUUGCAGGGGCCCGCAAGUAUUCUGUCUACUUUUAAGAUAGCUAAGCUCAUGGAGCUCCCAUCUACUGUGAUAAUGGAUGAUAUGCUUUUGAAAGGAAACCAAGAAAUCUCUUACCCGGAACCACUUUUAGACCUGUGGAAGAAAAGCAACCAACCUCUUCAUGACUCACCCUCUGGAGAAUUCACCGAUUCUUGCAUUUUAAGUUCUUGUGGAGAUAAUGGAGGUUCAGGGAAGUUGAUCAAUAUUAUACCGUACACAGUGAGAACCUCACAACCACAGCCACAGUCACAACCACAACCACAACCUCAUGAACCAUCUUCUAAGGAGAGAGUACAGUCUAAUUAUCCAAUGGAUUAUCCUUUCGAAGAUCUCCACAGUGGAGUUGGUUCUCCAUCUCAUGCUGCUUCAAUAGAGGUACAGCGAGCAAAUGUGGUAAAUAAGGUGACGCCAGCCGGAAUAAAUCAGUUUGUCUCCCCGGAAAACUCUGGAGAUGCAGUAAGAUACACGGGUAACUCAGUGUCCGGAGAUGGAGUCCCCUCAGGUAACUUAGAAGUAAAUAUCGAAAGGGUUGGGUCCAAGAAGAAGAAUGUGCAUUCAACUUCGAAAAACAGUGGCAGUCUUGACACAGUGGUUGAAGUGUUCCAUGAAGCUGACACUGAUUACAAGUUAUCAAGGCCGAAAAGGAAAAACUUGGAACCUGAUCAUGAUUUCUUGGUGGAAACUCAACUUACAAUGGAAACUCCUGCGGAUGAUCCUCCUGACAUGAUGACUGAGAACAUCAAGAAGCAUAUGAAAACACAUUUUGAAACUCCAGGAGCUCCUCAAGUAGAAUCUUUACAGAACUUAGCAGCCGGAUUGAACAGGAAAGGAGCAGCUCAGCUCUUCUAUCGGACAUGUGUCCUUGCUUCUCAAGGUUUCUUGAAAGUGCAACAAAAGGUGGCGUUUGGAGACAUUUUCAUCUCUAAAGGAGCAAAGAUGUGACGGAGGUAAGUAACUGGUAGUUUUCAGGAAAGGUUAUUAGUGAUGUUGUAGUGUAGUGGGCAUUAACUUUAUUUUGUACAACCUCCUGUUUGAUGCCAUAACUUGCAGGUUUAAUUCUAGAUAGAAUCUGUUAGGAAAAUCAUUUUGUUUGCAAAGAUUGCUUUAGUUUUCCCUUGGACUAUUAUCAAUAUAUAUUUGCGGUUGGACUUCAAUUCUCAAAUGGGCUAAUUCUAGACAACUCCAACCUUGUUGGUUUUUACCAGUCUAUGGCCCAACCAAACGUAUUUCUAAUAAUUUCUUCUCUCUUUUUUUUGAGAAAAGCAAUAAUUUUUUUUUUCUUAUU